AGAGCCACACGCCGCCGGAGCGGGAGAGCGUCGUCGCGUCCGUGACGUGUCCCGCGGGCGUCGGGCAGGGACGGCGGCGUCGGCAGCAGUGUCGGCGGCGGCGGGUGGGAAAUGGCGGAGUACUUGGCGUCCAUCUUCGGCACCGAGAAAGACAAAGUCAACUGUUCAUUUUAUUUCAAAAUUGGAGCAUGUCGUCAUGGAGACAGAUGCUCUCGGUUGCACAAUAAACCGACCUUUAGCCAGACCAUUGCCCUCUUGAACAUUUACCGUAACCCUCAAAACUCUUCCCAGUCUGCUGACGGUUUGCGCUGCGCUGUGAGCGAUGUCGAGAUGCAGGAACACUAUGAUGAGUUUUUUGAGGAGGUUUUCACAGAAAUGGAGGAGAAGUACGGUGAAGUCGAGGAGAUGAACGUCUGUGACAACCUUGGAGACCACCUCGUUGGGAACGUGUAUGUCAAGUUCCGCCGCGAAGAAGAUGCAGAAAAGGCUGUGAUUGACUUAAACAACCGUUGGUUUAAUGGACAGCCUAUCCAUGCCGAGCUCUCCCCUGUGACCGACUUCAGGGAAGCCUGCUGCCGCCAGUAUGAGAUGGGAGAGUGUACACGCGGAGGCUUCUGCAACUUCAUGCACUUGAAGCCCAUCUCCAGAGAGCUGCGGCGGGAGCUGUAUGGGCGCCGGCGCAAGAAGCACAGGUCCAGGUCCCGGUCCCGGGAGCGUCGCUCUCGGUCUAGAGACCGUGGCCGCGGUGGUGGCGGUGGCGGCGGGGGACGAGAGCGCGACAGGAGGCGGUCAAGAGAUCGUGAAAGAUCUGGGCGAUUCUGAGCCAUGCCGUUUUUACCGUAUGUCUGCUAGAAAGUGUUGUAAUUGAUUGACCAAACCAGUUCAUAAUGGGAAUUUUUUUUAAAAAACAACAAAAAAAAACAAAGAUGGGUUUCUGAAUAAAAUUUGUAGUGAUACAGUA